CUCAGCUGCAAUCCGAUGUCCAACCCAACAUGCCUAUCUUACAAUCUAUAGCGGACGAGAUUGGCUUGUCAAUCCUGUCAAAAGCACCUCGAGAUGCUCAUUUGCUCAUCCUCCAGCGAGGUUUUCGGUUGGUAGCCUAUGGACAAUCUACAUUGGUCCUCGUUCAGUAUCUGAACAAGUUGAACAUAUCAGACUUUCGAAUAGGACUGUUCAUGACCUUGACGCUGGUCGGUGAUGUUCUGGGAAGUUUGGUCUUGACCUUGUUCGCGGAUAAAUGGGGCCGACGCAAGGUCUUGACCAUUGGGUGCGGGCUUAUGGUCUCGAGUGGAUUGGUCUUUUGCACCAGUGGGUCGUAUUUCAUCCUGCUGCUCGCAGCUAUCUUUGGGGUGAUAUCGCCGAGCGGGAAUGAGAUUGGACCUUUCAAAGCUAUCGAGGAGUCGACACUAGCCACGCUAAUCCCUAAAGAACACCGUUCAACCAUCUUCGCCUGGUAUGGUCUCUUCUCCGCCUUUUCAGCAUCUCUCGGAUCUCUGACCGCCGGACAUAUCACUCAAUAUCUACAGAACGAGGCCUUUUGGUCCGAGAUCGAUUCGUACCGCUUUGUGUUCGCCAUGUACGCCAUGUGGGGCAUCAUCAAGGGUGGAUUGACACUCUUGUUGAGCGAUCGUUGCGAGGUGGAUGGAGCGUCGGCUCAGCAGAAGGCAAAUCCGCCGGGAGAAGAGAAUAGUCGCGAUGGUACCGCCGAUCAGGUGCCGUUGCUUGAGAGAGGAGAAAAUGGCCAGCCAGCACCGAUACCUAAGGAGCCUCCUCGAAAUGCCCUUGGCUUGACGCAAGAAACCAAGGAGAAGGUCAUCACUUUGGGUCUUUUAUUCGGAUUGGACAACACUGCCUCGGGCUUGGUGCCACUAUCUUUCGUGAUCUACUACUUCUCUACUCGCUUCUCCCUGGACCCAGGCACGCUGGGCACCACGUUCUUUACCACAUCCGUCGUCGCUGCACUCUCAAAUCUGGUCGCCGCAUCGUUGUCCAGACGUAUUGGCAAUGUCAAGACAAUGGCUUUCACUCAUCUACCAUCUGCCGUCUUUCUCUCCAUGAUACCCCUGGCAUCUACAUUCACCGUCGCCCGAGCAUUGCUCAUUGCUCGAUUUUGCACGGCGCAAAUGGAUGGAGCACCUCGGUCAGCCUUCCUUGCCAACUACAUUCCUGAUAAGGAGCGAACAUCGGUCAUGGGCAUCAUUAACGUCGUCAAAACGAUUUGUCAGAGUUUUGGCCCAUCAGUCACUGGAUAUUUGGCUGGAAGAGGGUGGAUCAGGUUCAGUUUCAUGGCUGCUGGAGCAAUGAAGGCCAGCUAUGAUCUGAUGAUACUCUACUUCUUCUCAAAGGCAUCCAUCCAAUGAGAUUGGUGGCGCCGCCACAACUGAACAUCCCCUUACGUAAAUUGUUGCAUGCAGCAAAGUUGAAGUC